CCCAAAAAAAAAAAAAAAAAAAAAAAAGAGGUGGGCGAGUUGGCCGAGUCUUGAAGCAUCAUCAUCGUGCAUGCAUUUUGCGCCUCUCUCUCUUUCUCUCUCUUUCUUUCUUUGUUUCUCUCUCUAUAAGUCUCUCUUUUUUCAACUUUGCAUGCACACGUCUUCUUCUUCUUCUUCCAAAACUCGAUCGCCGAUCCAGUCGCCGGAAUUUGCACGUCAGUCUAUGAUCCAACGGUUUUGCCGGUUCUGCUUUCAUAAAUUAGCGAUCAGAGUUCAAUCGCUCUUAAACUCUGAGACAUCGUAGAGAUACACGCGACACCUCUUUGACUCUUUUCGGCUAAUGAAGUGGUUCUGGUGUUGUUCAGGAACAAGUAGUUGAAAAAUUUUGCAGGAUUUGAGUGUGGGAAUGGCUUGCAUGAAUGUAUCUUGUGGAGCGUCGAAUUCGAUCGAAUGGAAAAAGGGCUGGCCUUUGCGAUCUGGUGGAUAUGCUAAUCUAUGUGAUAAGUGCGGGUCUGCAUAUGAGCAAUUUAUUUUCUGUGACAUCUUCCACGCAAAGGAAUCUGGUUGGAGGGAAUGCACUUUAUGUGGCAAGCGUCUCCAUUGUGGAUGCGUUGCUUCAAGGUUUCUGCUUGAGCUACUAGAUGGCGGAGGUGUGAAGUGUAUAAACUGUGCAAAGAAUUCAGGACUUCGCUCUAUAACAAAUGAUGAAAAGCCUAAUGGACCUGGCACAUCCAAAGUCAGUGACCUGCAACUCGGUUCUGCUAACAACCAAUUAGAUGGUAGUUUUGAACAAAUAAAGGUUAUGCAGUUGGCUAAUGAUACACAGGGUAAUGGGCUUAGGGACUUGCUUCAAUCCCAGAAAGAUGACUCAAAUGGGUUGUUUCGGAAAAUGAAACAAGAGGAAGUUCCACAGUCUGUCAGUGAGAUUAGAAGUACAUGUCUCUCAAAUCUUAAUCAGGCAUCUAAUGGAUCAUCUGAAGCUUCCAAAGCAGAACUUUGCAAAGCAAAUAUUGGGACAAAUGAUAUAUAUGAGUCACUGCCACACACAAAUUUGAGUAUGACUCUUGGUACUCCUCUAGGAAAUUUAAAUCCUUUCCCUGGUGCUAUUGUUGAUGAGAGGGAAAAUAGUAAAGCAUCUCCACCAUUCUUACAAGGGGCCAGGUCUCGGCAUCUUUUGCCAAAACCCCCAAAGUCAGCCCUUGCCACAGGUUUGGAAGCAAAUACCAGCAUGGCAUCACAGGGACAGAUACGUGUUGCACGGCCACCUGCUGAAGGUCGGGGACGCAAUCAGUUGCUCCCUCGUUACUGGCCCAGAAUUACAGACCAGGAGUUACAGCAAAUAUCUGGAGACUCAAAUUCGACCAUUGUUCCAUUGUUUGAAAAGAUGCUGAGUGCUAGUGAUGCUGGUCGAAUUGGUCGUUUGGUUCUCCCAAAAGCAUGUGCAGAAGCAUAUUUUCCUGCUAUUUCUCAACCUGAGGGCCUUCCUCUAAAGAUUCAAGAUGUAAAGGGAAAAGAAUGGGUCUUUCAAUUCAGAUUUUGGCCUAAUAAUAACAGCAGGAUGUACGUGUUGGAGGGUGUAACCCCCUGCAUCCAGUCCAUGCAGUUGCAAGCGGGAGAUACUGUGACUUUUAGUCGUAUGGAUCCUGAAGGAAAACUUAUUAUGGGGUUUCGGAAAGCAUCGAAUUCUGUGGCAAUGCAGGAUACCCAUCCAUCUGCCAUUCACAAUGGCGGUCAUUCAAGUGAAACUUUCUUUUCGGGUGUUUUUGAGAACCUACCUAUAAUAAGUGGUUACUCUGGCCUUCUUCAGUCGUUGAAAGGAAGCGCGGAUACCCCACUAAAUCCACUGUCGAAACAUUUGACUUCAGCUUGUGCUGAUAUAACCUGGCAUAAGAGUGAGAAGCAUGAAGGCAGGACAAGGGAGGGCUUGCUGUUGCCAUCACUACUGGUUCCAGAGAAGAAAAGAGCUCGAAAUAUUGGGUCCAAAAGUAAGAGGUUGCACAUUGAUAGCCAUGAUGCUCUGGAGCUAAAACUUACAUGGGAAGAGGCACAGGAUUUGCUUCGUCCACCUCCAGCUGUUAAGCCAAGCACUGUUGUUAUUGAGGAUCAUGAAUUUGAAGAAUAUGAAGAACCUCCAGUAUUUGGGAAGAGGAGUAUUUUCACUGUUCGUUCAUCUGGGGAACAAGAGCAAUGGGUCCAGUGUGAUGGUUGCUUUAAAUGGCGAAGGUUGCCUGUUGAUGUACUUCUUCCCUCUAAGUGGACAUGUGUGGACAAUGCUUGGGAUCAAAGCAGGUGUUCAUGCUCUGCACCAGAUGAAUUGUCCUCAAGGGAACUGGAAAGUCUUCUCAGAAUGAAUAAGGAAUUUAAAAAAAGGAGAACUGCAGCAACAAACCAGAGGCUAUCCCAAGAACAUGAAUCUUCUGGUCUUGAUGCUUUGGCCAAUGCUGCAAUACUAGGAGACAAUGCAGCUGACCCAGGCACCACAUCUGUUGCUACUACAACAAAACACCCUAGGCAUCGACCUGGUUGCUCAUGCAUUGUGUGCAUCCAGCCUCCUAGUGGCAAGGGCAAGCAUAAGCCUACUUGCACAUGCAAUGUGUGCAUGACAGUAAAGCGCCGUUUCAACACAUUAAUGAUGAACAAGAAGAAACGACAAUCGGAGCGUGAAGCAGAGAUUGCCCAAAGAAAUCAGCAAGCAUGGGCCUCUAGAGAUGAAGCAGAAGUAGAAAGCUCCUCUAGGCAUGUAUCAUCACAGCUUGAUCCUUCGGAUAACGAAGCCAAGUCUGCAAACGAGUUAGAAUCCAAGAGCCAAUCUAAAUCAGCUGAAACUGCAAAGGAAAAACUGGACUUGAAUAGCCAUCCUGGUCGAGAAGAAGACUUGCAAGCAGGGUCAAGCAGAGUCAGCAUGAUGAGUCUUCUUCAAGUAGCGAGCCGUCCUUUGGAUACAUAUUUGAAGCAGAAUGGCCUGACAAGCUUGAUACAGGAGCAACAGACAAGCUCAGCAACACAUGCACUACCUCAAGUCACUACUGAGAGUGAAGGACAACGAAAUGAAGAUCCCUGUUGUGCUUCUGGUGUUCAGGAGCGAGAAAGUGGGGAUGAGGAGCAGUGCGAAACAGAUCAAAACCAGAGUGAUCCUCUUUGAUGAAGGUUCAUAUAUAUAUAUAUAUAUAUGUGACCUUUUUGAUUUUUUGGUCACCUUACUUUUUUAACAUAGAUAUUAUUAUAAGUUUUCUUUCAUGGGCUGUCUAUAUGUUUGUUUAUCUAAAGCGUGCAUGCUUCUUUCAAUUAUAACCUGACUUCUACUGUAUAGACAAUUUUUUCAAGAAAAGAAUUACAGUGUUGUAAAAA